AGUCCAUUCUAUUCUCAUUUUUCAUUAGUCAAUGGUCAAUGUUUGAAAGAGUGUGCAAGUGAUGUCUACAAUUUUAAAUGUCAUAUUAGAAGCAAAAUUUUAGCUCAGUUUUAUUCAGGAUGGCUGAAAACAGGGAAGAAAUACUUGCAAAUUUCCAGGGGAUAACCAACAUUGAAGAUGUGGCUGAGGCUAUCUUCCACUUGGAGGAGUCUAAUUGGGAUCUCCUGACAGCAAUAAACCGAGUGAUGCCGCAGGACGGCAACAGCUCAGUGUCGCAGUCCACCGACACUCACGACGUGGAGAUGAUUGAUGACGACAUAUCUGUGAUAACACCAAAAACACACCCACCCGAUAGAGAAGACAGUAAUAUAGCUUCAACAUCAUCACCCAGAAACAAUGUCCCGAACCUCGUAGAACUACAAGUUCACCACAACAAUAAGAUACAUCCAAUCAAAAUGUCUGGCAUGGCUACAGUCAGUGAUCUCAAAAAACGUCUGGAGAUGGUGUGCGGAGUCCCAGUAUGCAGGCAGCAGAUCUCCGGGAUGGGAGGUUCCCGGGCCACCGCUUCAGCCCCGCUGUCCAGCCUGGGGCUGCCACGCGACGCCGUGCUGCGGCUGAAGGCGGCUGACACUGUGAUGGCUGAUGACGAGGUGGCGGAGCGGCUGACGACGACGUACACGCUGCGAGUGCGACACGAAGAGCGCGACUACACGCUGAAGUUCCCCGGCACUAAGACUGUCCGAGAGGUCAAGGGUGAUCUGUUCACGCUCACCGACAUACCUGUCAGACAUCAGGUGUGGACAGGAUGGCCGUCAGUCCAGGGUCUGGACGACACUGUGUUGGCGAUGGUGGGUCUGGAGCAGCCGCAACACGAACUCACAGUACGCCGCGCGCCCGCCAAGCAGAAGGAGUACAAACGGAUAGUCGUAGAGAGUUCGGACAGCGAGAACAGCUCGGUGGAGGAGGUGGAGGACGCCGACUUCCCCGUGGAGGAGGACAUAUUCGUGGACGUGCCCGCCGAGCGCCUACAGCCACUCAUGUCAGAAAACGUAGAAGACGAGGCGCUAGGAUGUAUAGAAUUUGCUCAACGGUUCAAACAGCGGUACGGACCUAACACACCAAAUUUCUUCGAGGGAACUCUACAGGAUGCUAUCAAGGAGUCGUGUUUAAAACCAGCUAAAGAGCGUCGUCUCCUCGGCGUAUACCUCCACCACGAGCGCUCGGUGCUGUCGAACGUGUUCUGCGCACAGCUGCUGGGCUGCGACGCCGUACUGCACACGCUCGCCGACGGCUUUCUUCUCUACGGCUGGGACAUGACCGACUCCAGAAACGCCGACCUACUGCUAGCGUCCGUGGCGACGGCGCUAGGCCCCGUGGCGAGUAUGACGAUCCGCAGCAUCCCCGUGGAGCGGCUGCCCGCACUCGUCAUCAUCAUGCGGGUGCGGUCCAACACGGAGAUAUAUUCGGUUAUUAAUGGCAACGUGGGCGUGUCGGAGCUGGUGGCGGGCUUGGCGGAGGCGGCGGAGCGGUUCGCGGCGCGGCGGGCGGAGGACGCGCGCGUCGAGCGCGAGCGGGACGCCCGGCAGCGAGUCAAGCGCGAGCAGGACGAGGCGUACCAGCGGAGCCUCGAGGCCGACAGAGCAAAAGAUGAAAUUAAGAAGCAACAAGAAUUAGAAAAAACACAGGAAAUAGAGCGGGCAGAGUCAGAGAGAAUACAGGAGGAGGCGAGAAAAGAGGCGCUACGUGCGGGCGCGGCGGCGCGCGUGCCCACGGAGCCGGCGGCGGGAGCGGACGCGGCGCGGAUCCGCGUGCGUCUGCCGCCGCCGCACCACGAGUGCAUCGAGCGACGGUUUCGACCCACUGACACGCUCACGGCGUUGCUGGACUUUUUGGCGUCGAAAGGUUAUCCGCAGGAGAAUUACAAAGUCAUUUCUAGCUGGCCUAGAAGAGAUCUCACAGCGGAGCCGCACAGCAGCACGCUGCAGGCGCUCAAGCUGUACCCUCAGGAGACCAUCGUGCUCGAGGAGCGGUGAAUGUGCCCCGCUCGCCCCUAAAACGCGCAGAGAAAACAUCCGCCAUUGUGAUACAGGUACCGCGUACCUGUCAUCUCAACCUGUCAAUGUCACUGUCAGUGGUGUUUUUUUUAAUCGAAAUUGCACAAUGCAAAGGAAUAUUUUUGUGAUGUCAAAGAGUCGUGGUCGUUUGUGUUUGAAUUCGUGUCUAAGCGCGCUGAAAUCUAAAUUUCGUGAGCAUUUUGUAUAUUUUGCUGUAUAUAAAUAAUAUAAACGCCAUCUUCGUUUGAAUCAAAAAUAUUUUUGUAAUACAUAAUAUAAUUAAGCAGCAUCGCCAUCUCUUUUGCGAUACGAGUCAACCUUAUGAUACCUACCUGACUGUAUCGAAUAUGAUGUAACUGUAACAGACUUAUACCUCGUUUAUUAUCCGUACUAUUAUAGUAAAACGCUAUAAUAGUAGUAUAAUUUAACAUAGAUGCACCACAUAAAAAUAUUUUAAGGAUAGCACUAUUUUCAUAAACCUUUCAACAUUUAUUUUUCGAAGUACUUUCAUAUAGGGGGUUUAAAAAACACAUAUGUUAAACUACAGAUUAAAAGUUUGGUUUAUUUAUUAGCGUAGUUCUAUUAUUUAAAAUUUAUAUGAUACAAAGGGCAUAAUAAUGUUAAGUUAUAAAUUUUCUUAUGGGCCCUCACAUAAUAAUAUGAAUGAAUAGACAGCGUUGCUUAGUCCUAUAUGUCGGUUCCUCCAUACAGAAUGUAGGCGACCCUAAAGCAUUUUUGAAUUAUUACUUGAUUACAAAAUAAUU